AUGAUGACGGCUGCUCCGGAUGAUUUGUGGGCAGUGCAUCCAACCACAAUUUCCGUGUCGCCUCUGGCCGAGACAGCUCUCAUACCUUCUUCCCAAGUCUAUUCUCCUGUCUCACCCUUCGGUCCCGAGCUAUCUGGAAGCGUUAUGGCGGCAACGACAAGUACUUCAGCGCCUUUCGGGUCUGCUGAAAUAAUCUCUCACGGCGAUGGGAGCGAGCAUGCGAGUACCAACAUGGCACAACCCAUUGCCCAACACAGCAACUCCUACCCUCUGCUAUUUCGCACUGCGUCUGAAAUCCCUCGCUUCUCCGUUCCUUAUCGCUGGUGGGAGGAUGAUGCCCGCACCAUCCUGUGGAGUUUUGAUGUGCGUCAAAUCAGUUUGGUGAUUCGAUUCAGCCUUUUUCAUGACAGCAACCAGCCUCGUGCUGCUCUUCAGAGACGGGAUUCCAGCUUCCUUGACACAUUUUUAGCUACUGUCUUACAACCUUACGAGUUACCUUUCAUCCAUACCCUUUCGCAGACCCAGAAGAUAGACGAAAUUCUCCGCAGAUCUCAGAACACCAUGUCGGUGAAUCCUCCCUGGAGUUGGCAUCCAGCCCAGGACCUUCGAGGUCCCGAGCCAGCGACUAUUGCACAAGAAAUUGAAGCAGAGAGUCAGCUGCAUUUUAAAGCGGUGCCGUUUGAGGCAUGGGUGAGAUGCUCGCUGGGGUUUCCUGCUGCAGAAGUCGACUGGUUCCUGUUGCAGCAUAAUGCACUAUACAUUAUUCUUUUGACUCAUUUAAAAGCACAUCAAUACGACAUAAUCAAAUACCGCAAAGUGGAAAAGCUACUUAGAGGGAAAAGCCCGCUUGCCCAUAAAGCUGUUGUCCACAGUCUGAGUCAGUUCCAAAAUGGCAAAGAUGCCCAGAUCCCACAGACCAACACACCAAGUCUCGAUUUUAUUGUCGGUCCAAUACAAGAGUUAUUCAAACGGUAUCCGGCCAAUUUGGUAUCAACCCUGAAAACGCUGAGCGUUGUUGCCAUCCGCUUUCAAAAGACCCAGAUUCACGUGCCGAACGUGGACUGGUACAAAAAACUCGACACAAGAGUACCAUUUCUGGACAAUUUGCUGGCGUCCCUGUCAGCAACAGAACUAGCUCGCUCACUGAACCGGGCUGAUCAGUCCAUGUUCUCUCAAUUGUCUCCCGAGCAGCUCAUGAACGAGCAGAGCCCGAUCAUUGAGGCUCUACAUACUCGAUGGUGUGAUUUAGUGGUGGCUGUGUGGGAAUGUUGCACUGCAUUGCCAGACCAUGUACCGUGGAUACAGGAAUGCAUCGAGAUUCUGCAUAGUCUUCACAACUACAAUUCUACACUGGCCUUGAUCCAGGGAUUGAACCGCAUCAGCAUGUCGUUCCUCUGGAGCAAUCUUGCGCCCAACAACGACCAGCACGGCCAGACGGCGAAUGCACUCUCGCUUGCGCCGGCCAGUGUGUCAUAUCUGCUGGAUUCAUCCAAUAACUACGCAGCCUACCGUCAGGCGAUGAAGAUUACGCCGGGCAUACCUUUCCUCUUGCCACAUGUCAUCGAAUACCGACAACACGGCAAGGCAGCUCUUGAUGAGUUGUUCAUAACGACAUGA